CUUAUCUCUAUAGAUGCAAUCAGCUUCCUCCCUGACGAGAUUCUCGGUGACAUCUUGUCCUUACUUCCGAUAAAACAGGCUGUUUUAACAUCUCUUCUUUCUAAAAAGUGGAGAAAUAUAUUUAGAUUGGUGGAUUAUUUUAAUUUCUAUUCUUCUGUCUCUGUGGACCCGGAAAACGGUAAACCAGAGAGAGGUGAGAGCCUCAGAAACUUUUUGGAUCGAACACAACAUGGUUCGCUUAUAAAGAAAUUCUCUCUACAACGUCACGAUGGAGAUGAAACCGACAUGGCUUACGUGGGCAGCUGGAUCCGUGACGCAGUAGAACACGGUGUUUUGGAAGUGGACGUGAGCAUAAACACAGGCCUUGGAGUUUCUAUGCUUUGUGAGCUCUUGACGAGCAAGACACUUGUUAAGCUGAGACUUGGAACACAAGUAUACGGCGAGCUACCUUCGCAUGUAUUACUUCCAUCGCUUAAGAUUCUCAUCAUAGAAACGAUAUUCUUUGAAUCUAAAGAUCUCAGCGAUGUGCUGGUCGCUGGUUGCCCUGUUCUCGAGGAGUUAUUUGUACGUCACGAGGAGAUGGAGGCACACCCAUAUUACAUAUCGAGUCGGACCAUCAAGAAACUGUCAGUUCAAUACAGUGGUCGUGAAGAUUAUGAAAGUGGUUUGUCACUUGACGCCCCGAGUCUUGUCUCCUUCGACUACUCUGACCAUGCCUUGUAUGAGUACACACCGGUUAACUUUGGAUCCUUAGUUGAAGCUCGUCUGGAUAUUCGUUAUAGUAAAGAGGUCGAUAAGCCGGAUAUAUCGGGUCUCAUGAUAGGAAUAAGUAACAUCGAGACUUUACAUCUUUCUCCAGCUUCUGCUGAUGUAAGUUUUGCAACUUCCCUUUCUAUAUAACUUUGUAAUGACAUUCUUGAUUAAGUGUGUGUUUCUCUAUGCUUUCAGACGGUUUCUCAAUGUGUUAGUAGACAUGGACUACUUAUACCAAUGUUCAACAACCUGGUUAGUUUAUCUUUUGGGAGUAACAAUGAACGAGGUUGGAAACUGCUUCCACAUCUGCUUAAGAAGUCUCCAAAGCUUGAAACUCUAAUCAUACAGAGUCUGAAUACAAGCGACCGUGUCCUUAUACCUCUGAACAAAGCUAAGGUGUUGCAUAUCCUUGGUUAUCAAGGAACUGUUCUAGAAUUGAAACACUUGAAGAGUUUUAUUGGGAGAAUGAAAUGCCUCGAACAUGUGCGACUGGAGCUUGCGGAAGGUGUUGUAGUGGAUGAUGGCAAAAUAUUGCAAAUACAUAAGGAUCUUAAUCACGCUUCUUGGAAUUGCAGCAUCCAAGUGCACGACCGAAGUCGCAUACUUCAUUUAAGUUUAGACACUUAGAGCAUCAGCAUGGCUGAAGUUUAUCAAAGUUCUCUAUGCAUUUAUAUUAAUAUUUUAACAUAAUAUAUUUAUCUGCUUAAAGUUUAAUAACUAAAAUAUAGUUAUACCAAUAGAAA